GAAUAACGAUGAAGCCAAACAAAAACAAAAGAAAAAUCUUCGAAAAUAAUUCGAUCAUCAUUGAAUUCAUCAUUUUUAUCAUUUGGGUCGAUGUAAAUUGAUUUGGAUACUUGAUUUUUUCCAACAACAACAAACAAACAAACAAAAAAAUGACACGUCGAGCUUUACAUUAUGUGCUCAAGAUUGGUGAUCGUAACAAAAAUAUUAAAUUUUUUCGCGAUUUACUUGGCAUGAAGGUACUUCGUCAUGAAGAAUUUCAUGAAAUGUGUCAAGCACAAUGUAAUGGACCAUAUGAUGGUAAAUGGAGUAAAACAAUGAUCGGUUAUGGACCGGAAAAUGAAAAUUUUGUAUUAGAAUUAACAUAUAAUUAUGGUAUUGGUAAUUAUAAAUUGGGUAAUGAUCUAUUAUCGAUACGUAUUGAAUCCAAAUUAGCAUAUGAAAAUAUUAGCAAACAAAAAGAUGUAUUUUUUAUGCAUAAAAACCCGGAAUGUAUUGUUCUUAAUUCACCGGAUGGUUAUUUGUUCGAAGUAUUCAAAUCGGAUCAUCCACUUGAUCAACCAUCAUUGAUUACCAAAGUAUCAUUAUCGACAACCAAUGUUGAUAGAUCAAAAAAUUAUUGGCAUAAUCUUUUGGGUAUGAAUUUGCAUGAAGGAAAUGAUAAACAUUUUAUCGGAUCAUUUGGUGAACAUGAUGCACGUUUGGAAAUGGUAUUGAUAGCCGGUAAUCAACCGAUACGUCAUGAAAAAGCAUAUGGAAGAAUUGCAUUUGCAUGUCCAGAAUCCGAAUUAUCACAAAUACAGGAACGUAUGUUGGCGAAUAAGCAAACCAUUCUUACAAAAUUGGUUAGUCUUGAUACACCGGGGAAAGCUACUGUACAGGUUGUAAUUCUGGCAGAUCCUGAUGGUCAUGAAAUUUGUUUUGUUGGCGACGAAGGUUUCUCAAAAUUAUCACAAAUGGAUCCGAAUGCCAAUGAUUUAUUGAAACAGGCAAUGGAAAAGGAUAAAAGUAAUGAAUGGUAUGCUAAAAGUGGAGCUGGUAAACAAAAAUGUGAAUGAAAAUUCGACUUUAUUAGUUUGA